CAGUGAUGGCGGUGUGGGUGUCCGCGGGUGGUUGUGGUCUCUUGUCGCCAAUUAGGGGACGGCUCCGGGCCGGGCGGGCCGCGGUCCUGGCGUGGAGGGUCCCGUUGCGGGCCGCAGGCACCGGGCCGGUGUAUGAUGUGGUGGUGUCGGGCGGGGGGAUGGUCGGGAGCGCUAUGGCCGCGGCGCUGGGACACGAUGUCCACUUCCGUGAGAAGAAAAUCCUGUUACUGGAAGCUGGCCCUAGGAAAGUGUCUGGCCGUUUGCCUGAGAAUUACAGUAACAGGGUCAGUUCCAUCUCCCCUGGUUCAGCCACCCUUCUGAGCAGUUUUGGUGCCUGGGAUCAUGUCUGCAGCCUGCGAUUCAAACCCUUCCGGCGGAUGCAGGUAUGGGAUGCUUGUUCGGAAGCCAUGAUAAUCUUUGAUAAAAACAACUUAGAAGACAUGGGUUAUGUAGUGGAGAACGAUGUCAUUAUGUCUGCUCUAACCAAACAGUUAGAUGUAGUGUCAGAUCGGGUGGAGGUUCUCUACAGGAGCAGAGCAGUGGGGUAUACCUGGCCCCUUACCUGUCAUCUCUCUGACACAAGCCCUUGGGUCAAAAUUGACUUAGCUGAUGGACGCAGACUGGAGACCAAACUGCUGAUUGGUGCAGAUGGUCAGAACUCCAUGGUCCGGAAAGCAGCUGGAAUUCAAAACAUCCACUAUCAAUAUGAUCAGUCAGCUGUGGUUGCUACUCUGCACUUGUCUGAGGCCACAGACAACAAUGUAGCAUGGCAGAGAUUCCUCCCUUCAGGGCCAAUUGCUCUUCUCCCGCUCUCUGACACUGCCAGCUCUUUGGUUUGGUCCACAUCUCAUGAACAUGCAUCACAGCUUCUUAGUAUGGAUGAGGAAAGCUUUGUGGACACCAUCAACACUGCCUUUUGGAGCAACCUACACCACUCGGACUUUAUUGAUACUGCUGGAUCCGUGUUCCGAUCUGCUAUUUCUCUCCUGAUGCCAUCAGGCACUGCAGCCCGCCAGCUGCCCCCAAGCAUCGCCAGAGUGGAGCCAAAGAGCCGAGCUGUGUUUCCUCUUGGAAUGGGCCAUGCCACAGAAUAUGUCCGGCACCGGAUGGCGCUUAUUGGGGACGCAGCACACAGAGUCCAUCCACUAGCAGGACAAGGUGUAAAUAUGGGCUUUGGAGAUAUUGCAUGCUUGGCACAUCACCUCAGCACAGCGGCCUUCAAUGGGAAGGAUCUGGGCUCCAUAAAGCACCUCUUACAGUUUGAGACAGAACGUCAGAGGCAUAACCUCUCUUUAAUGGCUGCCAUCGACUUGUUAAAGAGACUCUACUCCACAAAUGUCGCUCCCUUUGUGCUGUUGAGGACAUGGGGAUUACAAACAACAAAUGCCUUGUCUCCAGUCAAAGUAAGAGGCACCGUUAGGACACUACUAACUAACUUGUGAUGAUACAGUGGGCUGAGUCACUAGCAGAUUCAGGAGGAAUGACACGCUGUGUUCAAAUGGCAUGUGAAUGAGGCACUCCAAAGAUGGCUUGAGUGGUCUUCUGUGCCAUUUGUUAAUGAUUCUACCUUGGCUACAGUGUGGGUCUCUUCCUAUAGCCCAGAGAGGGCUACCUGAAGAGAAGUGGCAGUAACAGUGUUAUCCCUAAAGAUUCUUUUUUUUUUUUUUUUCCCCCCUGAGGCCCAGAUGCCAGUGUGACCCACUUCCACACAGCCAGAUGACUUGACCUAGUUGCAAUGCUUUUAUGGUGAGCCAUCUCUUAGGCAAACCACCUAUUAUCAGCACAGCUCCCUCUAAUCCAGCAACCUUCACUUUUGAGUUUCUCAGUUUUUGAUUUGCUUGACCCUGACUGUAUGUAACUCCUUGAGAUAUGUUGCAGAUGGUCAGCAGCCGACUAUUCUGAACAGCACUCACUUAGGAAUGAGCAGUCUCCCAGGGCUCAGUGGCUGCCAGUGGAGAGUAAUGUGCACUGUUCUGCACGAAUGCUUUGACUACCUUGAAAAUGUUUUUAUCUGACCAGAAAGGAGACGGGCUUUUCAUUUGUUUUUUCUCUUUCUAGCAACAAGUGGAGUGGGUCAGCCCUCGGUGCUGGGCUGCUCAGGAAGGACAGUAAAGUGCUCCACUUGUCUUCCCUGUGUCUGCUGGAAAAUUAGGCCAUGUUGAAUCCCUCUCCCUUCCUUUCCUUAGACAGGAAGAGAGAUGGUAUCCAGUGGGGUAGAGGGAAGGAGGAUGCAGCAGCUUUCUCUGCUUUGUUUCUAAAUAUUUGUCUCUCACAAGUGACUCAUUUUUUCCCCUUUCC